AUGAGGGGUGAAUCAUGUUCUAAGAGCGAGGGGGUCCAGACAAACCCAGGCUCUGACAGUCACCCUCCAUAUGACUCAGACAUUCCUCAGCCUCACAUAGAGCCCUUGGCCUUCUCUCUGGACUUGGAAUUUAAGCUGGCGGCAGGCUCAGGCCAUCUCCUUGCCCUUGGGGAACCAGAGACCCCUUCUUGGCUCAGUCUUCAUCUCCAAGAUCAAAAAGUAGUGCUGUCUUCUGGGGCAGGGCCAGGGCUGGCUCUGCCCCUGGUUUUGGGAAUCCCUCUUCAGUUGAAGCUGAGUAUGUCGGGAGUGGUCUUGAGCCAGGGGCAGAAGACAGAGGUCCUUGUUCUGCCUCCUUUGAGCCUUGGCCCCCUCCUCAACCUUUGGACCCAACCUCAGGGCCGGCUCUUCCUGGGAGCUUUACCAGGAGAGGACUCUUCUGCUUCCUUUUGCUUGGAUGGCCUUUGGGCACAAGGACAGAAACUGGACGUGGACAGGGCCCUGAGCAGAAGCCAGGACAUCUGGACUCACAGCUGCCCCCAGAUCCCAAGCAAUGGCACUGAUAACUCCCAUUAA